AUGAUGGCGACGCUGUCAGGGCCGUUCCCCACCAGCCAGUGCCAAUGGAUGAAAGACCUGACGGAUUCCGUCAUCAUUCACGUUGACGGUGACGGACGUUCCACACUACUAAUGGAGAAUAUGUUCGCCGAGCAGCAAGAUUCCGCCUGCCAGGAUUCCGAGAGGACGUCCAGUCGCGCCAAUGAGAGCAGUGCGGCGGACAAGCAGCCGUCGCAGUGGAGGGACCCGUCGCGUGGCAACGACCCGGGGGCAUGGUACGAAGAACAACACAUCGGCGGCGCUGCUUCCCACGAAAGGCAGCGAGAGGAGCCGAGUGAGUCGAACAGCAACAAUGCCAAUCGGGAGAAGAUGCGCCGCAACCGACUCAACGACAGGUUUGAGGAGCUGGCGCGGUCGCUGGAGCGCAGUGAGCUGGCGCGCGCGGACAGGGGGAGCAUUCUGGUGGACGCCGUGCGCGUGCUGGCGCAGCUGCGGGCGGAGAGGGCGCAGCUGAGGGGCUCCGCGGAGCACAUGAGGGAGCAGAUCCGCGAGCUCAAGGCGGAGAAGAGCGAGCUACGGGAGGAGAGGGCGUGUCUGCUGGCCAGCAAGCAGCAGCUGGAAGACGAGGUCCGCCGCUUGGCAGCAUCCGGUGCCGCCCAAUCCACCGCCGCCACGUCAGCAGCAGCAUCAGUGGUUUCUUCAGCUGCCCGGCCAGCAGCUGCUGUUUCUCCUCCUCUUGGGUUUGCUCCGUGUGCUCCGGGGUCUCCGGGUUCGCCUGGAGCGGUGCCGUUGAUGCUGCAUGCAGUGUGUGAGCCGGGCAAGCUGGGCCCAAUGGGAGCACCCAUGGGCGGCGACGCGUCAGCACCGACCGACGAGUUCCGCGGCGCGGACGGGCGCGUGUACCACUCGCACGACGGGCUCGCGCCGCACUCGCACGAGCCGCUCGACAGCGCGGGGAGCUUCGCGCUGCGCGCGCCGCCCCUGGCGAACCGCGACCUGGGGGAGCGCGCGUUUACUGUUGGAAUCGGCGGGCCGGUGGGAUCAGGCAAAACGGCUCUCAUGCUCGCACUGUGUCGCACACUACGGGACAAGUACAGCCUGGCAGCGGUCACCAACGACAUCUUCACACAGGAGGACGGCGAGUUCCUCAUAAAGCACGCCGCCCUCUCGCCGCCCGGCCGCAUCCGGGCCGUGGAGACGGGCGGCUGUCCGCAUGCUGCCAUCCGGGAAGACAUCAGCAUCAACUUGGGGCCACUGGAGGAGCUUUCCACUGAGUUCAAGGCGGAUAUGCUGCUGUGUGAAUCAGGCGGAGACAACCUAGCGGCCAACUUCAGCCGCGAACUAGCAGACUACAUCAUCUACAUCAUUGACGUAUCGGGGGGUGAUAAGAUCCCGAGGAAGGGCGGCCCGGGCAUCACACAGGCAGACCUGCUGGUGGUGAACAAGACUGACCUGGCGCCGGCGAUCGGUGCUGACCUGGCAGUCAUGGAAGCGGACGCGCUGCGCAUGCGGGAUGGGGGGCCACUGGUGUUCGCACAGGUGAAGCAUGGGGUGGGGGUGCCGGCUAUAGUGGACCAUGUGCUCACAGCAUGGAGUGCUGCUACAGGCCAGCCCAGGAGAUGA